AUGGCGACUACGAUCGAAGUGGCCGACACCGACUCCAAACGGGCAGCGAGCCCAGAGAGUACCCGUGCAGGCGAUGCACACGCCGCUGGUGGGAAGACCGUCCGGCCUCCGAUCAUCUACUCCUCGCCGACAGCGUUCGCAAGGAGCAUCGGACAGCGGUGGAGGAGCUUAUGGACGCGCCAGUUCGUCCUCUCUCUGCUCGCGGGGCAGGCACUGUCGCUCUGCAUUACGUGCACGAACGUCACGACCACGGAGCUCGUGAACCGGGGAUGGACGCUAUCGACUACCCAGGGGUUUUUCUUGUACUUCUCGCUGUUUGUUGUAUACACGCCCUACACGAUAUACCAAUACGGAUUCAAAGGAUGGGGGAAAGUGAUCCUCAGAGACGGGUGGAAAUACUUCAUCCUCGCUGCCUGUGAUGUAGAAGCCAACUUCAUGGUGAUCAAAGCCUAUCAAUACACCGACCUUCUAUCAUGCAUGCUCCUCGACGCGUGGGCGAUCCCCGUGUGCCUGUUCUUCUCCUGGCUGUACAUGCGUACCAAAUACCACUGGACCCAACUCCUCGGCAUCUUCAUCUGCAUCGGGGGCCUUGGGUUACUCGUUGGCUCAGACCAGCUUACCAACAAAGGAUGGGACGCCGUCAACAGAGGCAAGGGCGAUGCGUUCAUGAUCGCUGGUGCUACGCUGUACGGCUUCACGAACGCGACGGAAGAAUUUCUGGUCAGGAAGAGACCUCUGUACGAGGUCGUCGGGCAGUUGGGCAUGUGGGGCUUCCUGAUCAAUGGUGUGCAGUCAUCUGCACUGGAGUGGAGGGCGAUGAAAGAGGCUCCGUGGAGCGGGGAUAUCAUCGGGCUCUUGAUGGCUUUCACAUGCGCGAUGCUAUUCUUGUAUACCCUGGCGCCAAUGCUCUACCGCCUCGCUUCGUCUGCCUACUUUAAUCUCAGCCUGCUGUCAAGCGACUUUUACGGGCUGCUCUUCGGAUUGUUCCUCUACCACUACAGCCCGUACUGGCUCUACUUCGUCUCCUUCGUGUUCAUCAUCGGCGGGCUGAUCACCUAUUUCUGGCACUCGACGCCCGAGGAGCAAGGAAUCCUGGACCCGCAAGCGCCCGCCUACGUCGAGAAGCGAGGGGACGGCCCAGCGGUCGCCCCGACGGACGAGGAGCAAGCUGUCGUUGACGCCCUCCCAAGAGUCGGCCUCGGGCCCCAGAACACCACAAAAGACUGA